AUGGAGCAGCCGUCGCCGCCACCGGCCCGCCCGCCAGUGAACUUGGCCUUGUCCAGCAGCCCCCAGCCCGGCGCCCCCUCCACGGCCGGAGUGCCUGGCGGGACUUCAUCGGCGGCGGCGGCCUUGCGCUCCUUCACGACGCUGGCGGCGGGGAGGCCGCCGCUGGGCCCCGAGACGGCACAGCUCUUGUCGCACGGCGCUGCGGUGGCGGCCCAGGCGCUGGUCCUUCUGCUCAUCUUCCUGCUGUCUAGCGUGGGCAACUGCGCGGUGAUGGGGGUGAUCCUGAAGCACCGGCAGCUCCGCACCGUCACCAACGCCUUCAUCCUGUCCUUGUCCCUGUCAGACCUGCUCACCGCGCUGCUCUGCCUGCCCGCCGCCUUCCUAGACCUCUUCACGCCGCCAGGGGGCGCGGCGCCCACCGCUGCCAUCGCCACCUCCACGGGGCCCUGGCGCGGCUUCUGCACCGCCAGCCGCUUCUUCAGCUCGUGCUUCGGCAUCGUGUCCACGUUCAGCGUGGCCCUCAUCUCGCUGGACCGCUACUGCGCCAUCGUGCGUCCGCCCCGCGAGAAGAUCGGCCGGCGCCGCGCACUGCAGCUGCUGGUGGGGGCCUGGCUGGCGGCCCUGGGCUUCUCGUUGCCCUGGGAGCUGCUGAAUGCACCCCUGGAGCCCCCGGCGGUGCAGAGCUUCCACGGCUGCCUGUACCAGACUUCCCCGGACCCCGCGCAGCUGGGCGCGGCCUACAGCGUGGGGCUGGUGGUGGCCUGCUACCUGCUGCCCUUCCUGCUCAUGUGCUUCUGCCACUACCACAUCUGCAAGACCGUGCGCCUGUCGGACAUGCGUGUGCGCCCAGUGACCACCUAUGCGCGCGUGGUGCGCUUCUUCAGCGAGGUGCGCACGGCCACCACUGUGCUCAUCAUGAUUGUCUUCGUCAUGGGCUGCUGGGGGCCCUACUGCUUCCUGGUGCUGCUGGCUGCGGCCCGCCAGGCCCAGGUCGCAGAGGCCCCCUCACUGCUCAACGUGGUGGCUGUCUGGCUGACUUGGGCCAAUGGGGCCAUCAACCCUGUCAUCUACGCCAUCCGCAACCCCAACAUUUCCAUACUGCUGGGGCGCAACCGAGAAGAAGGUUACAGGACUAGGAAUGUGGACCCUUGCCGGCUCAACCAAAGCCCAGGGUUGCGGGCCCGAAGCCGCAAUCGCCUUCGAAACCGCUCUGCCAACCGGCUGGGGCCCUGCCCCGGGUUUUCCGUGUCCAACCGCACUAGCGGGGCGGGAGGGGACGUGACCAUGUGGGCAUACAAAAAUCCAGUUGUACUUUUCUGUCGGGAGGGGCCACCAGACUUUACGGCAGUCAAACAGUCUAAAUCAGAAGCCGGAGAUACCAGCCUCUAGAAAGAAUGAGAUUCAGUUUAUGAAAGCAAAUUUCCAUCCCCUUCGUUUAGUGAGGCAGGACUCAGGGGGAACUGCGGGAUUUCACAAUUAUUUAAGAGUGAGAGAGGGCGAGGGAGGCUUGCCACUUCCACCAAAGGACUCUGUGAAAGAAAAUGUACCCUUCUUCAAAAGUGCCAAAAGGAAUGGAAAAUGCGAAAAUUAAAACAAUCUUAAAC